AUGAGCACCCAAGCCCACAUCUCCGUGAGGAGACGUGGGAUCAGAAAUGUCACGGCACCCCGGGGGCCGCUUUCCAACUUCAGAAUCAGAAGUGAGGCCCAACUGCGGUCGUGCAUUUAUCAUGUUGACGCCAACUACUCGGUAGAUUACUUUAAACGGCCCGACAUCAUCGGCAAUGCUGUUGGAGGGGAGUUGCCAGAAGAUCUCAAGCUAAAGCAGGAAAUACCGGAAAAGGACGCCAAGGAGUUCGCUUUGCCGUUCCUCGCCCUCAACUCCCGUCUUGCACUCGAAGUAAUAGAGAGCAUUUCCCUAUCUGGGUACCAAAACCUCAACCGCAGAAGCCCCGACAACAUUCCGUUGCUGGUCUACAUCGCUGCAAAGACCCCGGAACUGGAGAAGGAAGAUCGGGAUCAACUUUUUGACUUCGUCCUGUGGACAGGCGCCGACCCUCGAUGCAUCCCCAUGGAGCUCUGGAGGAGGCCAUCAUUGCCGAUUCCUCUGCAGCUUUCACAAGACCCAGGACCAAUGGCGGACUGGUGCACUGCCGAGAGGCUUUCUCUUCUGGCACCUCACCUCACCGUUUUCAUGAGAGACUCUCUUCGUCGGUUCUAUGAGGCUCUAGAUGAUUUCUGUGACACCAAAACCAUGGAAAUUGAAUUCAACCACAUACCGCCGUUGUACAAUCUCCGUGAGCUGCCGUGGAAAGUCAAAGGGCAAAACUACGCACUGCGUCGACUGAUUCGCUCUCUGCGCUCUCACUUUUCUGAGGAUGGCCCAGAGCGGAGCGCCCCGUAUUGUGCUAUGCUCAUGGGUACAUCGGCUUCUUCUACUUCUUGUGCAAUGGGAAGCAGUGAGAGCCCCAACUCGGCCUGGCGUAAGUUUGAUAUCCUGUUCAGGAGAUCUGAAAUCAGUCUCAACCUGGAGGCGAGAGGUCUUGGGGGAGGAGACGAGAUUCUGUCUAAACUGGACAAGUUCCUUGUCGCGAAUGACGCCAAGACCAAGAUCGUUCGCUUUGACAAUCUGUUGGACUGUGAUGUGCAGCUUGAUGGGUUUUAUAAUGAGAUCCGCAAAAUUAUCAGCAAUGUGGAAUACCGAUGCCGCAGGAACGCCGGCAGGGCACCCGUCGACAUCUCCAAGAUGAUGUUCCUGUUCACCUCUAGCUUCGCCGAUGAUCUCAUCGCUGAGCACAACGACAAGUGGCUGCCGUUGAGAGAAAUCAACGACUGGCAGCAGAAAAGCUCGCCCGACGCGACGCCGGAUCGGUUCAUGACCUUGGUCGAGUUCUCCGAGACCCCGACCGGCUCCACAUGCAUGGACGAGCUCGUCCAAGCCGUCCAGGACAAGGCACGCAGCAACCCCGACAGCCCAGCUUGGGCUUUGGCCGGCCACGUGUGCGACCGCGGCACGGUUAUUCCGCACUUUCCGUUGGAGUGGGAGGACGUCAGCCUCCUUACCGAACGUAGGAUUCAACAGGACGCUCUAGCCCCCUGCCAGUGGUGA